AUGAGAACCGGAUGUUCCAUGCUCGCCUUGGCAGUUCUGGUGGCCACGACCGCUGCACAGACCGCGUUCGAUCCCGUCCUGACGGUGGACAGCUGCACAAAGAGCAAGCUCUCGUUGACUGUGACGGGAGCCGAGGAUGGGGGUAUUAUCUACAUCCAGGGACAGGACGCCGCAUGUCGUCAGACCACCAGCAGCACUUCAUCUUCACACGAAAUUGACUUUACCUCGUGUAAUCUUCAGUGGGAGGAGUCGUUUAAAGUGAUUAUACAAAAGAAGGCUCUGUACCAGACCGGCGCGGACAAGCAGAUCCCUGUUAUGUGUGUGGCAGAUCUCGGGGACCUGACUGUCAGCAACAACAUCACCGCCGCGGACAAAGAUGACGAUGCCGGCCAGAACAAGACGGUUAAACCAACAGCAACGAUGAAACUAUUCAGCAACGGCGUUGACGUGGCCGGCACCACCGUAAAACUGACCGACACCAUCACCAUGCUGCUAGAGCUUGAUGCCGAUUACAUCCAGGAUUUUGACAUCAAGGCCCGUGAUUGCACAGCUGACAACAUCGAAGUCAUCACUAGCUAUUGUGCAGCAGACACGGAGUUGUUUCCCCACAUGUCCCAGGUGUCGCAGGGCCAACUGUCGGCAUCCUUCGGAGCCUUUCGAACCACGUCCCUCGCCGGCGGAUCCGUCUCCAUGCCUUUCUCUUGCACCCUCCAAGUCUGCCUUGGAUCCUGCAGCGCCACUGUAUGCACGGACGGUCAGAACAGCUACGGCAGAAAGAAGAGGCAGGCUGAAGACCAGGACAACGACGUGGAUGAAAUCAGCGUUGGCUCGUCCAUCAAAAUCACCACCGAGGAGGUUGUUAUUGAAGCACCGGAGGCUAACGACCAUUUGUGUAUGAACCAGGGCCUUUUCAUCGCCUUGAUCAUUAUCAUGACAGGCGGCCUGGUCGCUACGACUAUCGCCGCUGUCAUGAUGUUCCGGAAGCUGCAGGAAAAGGCCGGCAUCCUCGACAAGCUGAGCGGCGGACACUUCUCCAAUAUGCCCAUUGCCUAAUGUCCUAUGCCCGUAAACUAAGAUUGAACUCUGCCACCAUCUCCCGUCCUGUUUAAUAACAAACCUUUAUUUAUAGCUUUC